AUGGAUGCCCUGCAGAGAUCUGCCGCAGAACUUGAACAACAGAUCGGCCAUCGAUUCCAUGAGGUCCCGAGCCUUCAAGAGGAUGAACGAUUUGUGAGACUUGAUCACACUAGCAGUCCAAGCACCAGCAUUCCGACCAGUCGUCGAGGUACCAGAGCUAGGAGUGCCUCAAGGCCUCCCAGAGCAGCAAACGAUGAGGACCCUCAGAGCUCAACUGAAGAUAACCCCUCUCGUCCCACUCGAUCUCCUUCCAGAAGAACAACACUCGACCAAAACUCAACUGAUUCGGCACCUCCGACUGGAACUCAAAAGAUCUUGGUCACCAUCGUGAAUACGGAGAAAGACCUCAGCCGCUCUGCUCCUUCCGAAAAAACCUUGGAUACCCAAACCGAACCUCAGCCGGAACACAAGAAAAACUACCAUCAACACAUAGAUCUCAACCACCUCCAUCGACUACACCCAGGCAUUCCAUCUCCAACCCUUCUAACGCUAUCAAUCAUCAGAAUAUUCGUCAUCACCAAGCCUUCCCUGGAAAGUCUUACCAAUUUCAUAACGGCGGACAAAUCUCAGUUGAAUAAACGUGGGAGCCAGCACAGUGGAAACCGCUAUCAGAUGACUGGAUCCCGGAAUCCAUGGAAUCCUAAUCAACCACUCAACAACAACCCUCCAUCGACCUCCUCUCAACCUUUCACUCGACAUCCUUCCAGGCCCAUCGCCAAAUUGCCACAGCGUGCAACACUCCAAUCUGAUAAUCGCUUUGCCGUCCUGGGCACCCCUCCGAUCAAUCAAGACGAACUUCGAGUACCCCGCCAAUCUAACUCCCGGAUGCCUAAGCUACCAACCAAGCCACCCGGAUUGAGAAGACAACAGAACUACCCCCUGGUAAUUAAUGAUGAAGGCUAUCAGAUCGACAUCGUACUAGACACCAAUAUUCAACUGGCAUAUCAGCAUUUCUUACGAGCUUUGAUCCCCCUUCUGGGCUCAAACCGUCGUCUAUUAGUUCCCGCGGCUGUCCUCAACGAGCUAGAUCUCCAAAAGUCUUGCCAACAUCUGGUCGAGGUUUUCAAGGCUGGGAGAUGCUCUUCUCAACAGACGAUGGGCUCCUUGGCAAGGCAAGUAACAAACUGGUUACUCGAUCUCGUCAAACUCGGUUCCUCAAGGGUAGUGCUCCAAAAACUUGAAGAGGAGUCAGAAGAAGACAGACGAGACAAGGACCCGGACACCAGAAUACUCACAUACGCCAAUAAUCUUCAUCUUCGAGCGAAGACCAAUCAUCCGGGAACGGUGAUAGCUUUGCUAUCCAAUGAUAAUAUGUUGCGCUUGCGAGCGCAAUCUGAAGGUGUCUGUUCUGUAGCCAUGGCAGACUUUCGCCACAGCCCUCGUCAAUUAGUUGGCUAUAUCCGCAAAAUCGUUCCUGAUCCUAGGAAUCCAGCGAUCUCAACUCCCUCUAACCCCUCGCCGCUUAAUUGUUCACAUCCACCCGAAGCAAUCACUCCCAAGCGCAAUUCAACGAUUAAAACGAGUCAACCCUCUUCCAAUUCUUGCGUGCUCCCAGGCCAUGAUGGGCAGUUCACCUUUACAUCCCUCUUACCAAGUACUAGCCAGCAGCCCUCGGGAUCGGCCAAUCGGAGCAACCAGAUCACUUCGGAACCACACCUUCCCUCAGGCCAAGGUCGACAGUUAAUCUUCACCUCCCUCUUGCCGAGUAGUAGCCAGUCAUCACCCGUUGGGCCUGAUCAAGAAUUGAUUCGACUCAAAUCUCUACUCCAGAGGGCUCGUCCAUGUCGAAGCUGCAAGUCUGUCAUCGAAACCACUCCGCCGGUCUCCCCGGAUCAGAUUCAUCAUUACUGCCCGAUGUGUUGUGAGGUCAUUUGCAAGGGAUGCAUGAAUGUCACCGGAUGCGACUGGAGUUGUUCAGGACCGUUUCAUGGACAGGAUUGUCCAACGAUAAAAUGCUGCGCCACCGGUCGAGCAUCAAUUUGGAUCGAGCUGUUAGGGCAACUUGAUUCUUGCUUCCUAAUGAAUCAAUACAAAAUAUCUUUCAAACAUGGUCCCAAGAUAACUCACCUAUACGGCGACGAAGCUUUGGUCGAGUAUAUGAACGCCGCAAAUGGAUUGUUGAUCGCCAGUGGAGACGAUGACGAGCGCUUGGGCUACCUUGGAUCUAUACUCAUCAGCUCAACAUUGAUCGAUGUUCUCAGUCAGACAUUUCUAUGUUCUCCCCUCUUGAGUUGGCACUUUCGGGCGGAACUAUUCCUAAGCACAAUUAGUGUGGUUCAAGGAAUCCUCCAGAAGCUCGAUCAGCCUUGGAAGAUCCUCAACUCGGAAUUUGUCAAAUCAAGCACCACUGGUAUCUCUCCUCUUGAUCAUCGGCAGCACAAAAUCAUAUGGAAUAAGAUCUCUGAAAAGGAUCAUCGACCUAAUUCGACUGAAACGAAACUCGAAAAGCUACAAGACUCGUUCCCCGGUUUGAUGGCCGAUGUUGAGGAAAUUCUUCAUAAUCGUAGAAAGCCCAUGAUAAACCAGAUCACUAUUAUCAGACCAUCAAUCGACCCAAGCUUGCACGGGUGA